AUGCACGGCAUCACAGAAACCAUCCUCGACGUGCAAGUACCCCGGCCCCUUUUGGCCUCGCUGACCAACUGGUGGCGCUUCUUCGACGUGCGCGGACGCCGCCCCGAAAUCACCCACAUCGAUCUGCACCGCAAGUACGGAGACGUCGUCCGCCUCGGCCCCAACACCCUCUCCUUCUCCAACCCCAAGGCUCUCAAGGCCAUCUACGGCCUCAACAAGGGCUUCAUCAAGUCCGAUUUCUACAUUGUCCAGCAGAGCGUCGUCAAGGGCCACAGGCUCGCCUCCCUCUUCAGCACCACCGACAACACCUUCCACGCCCAGUUCCGCCGCUGCGUCAACUCCGCCUUCGCCAUGUCCGCCCUCGUCCAGUACGAGCCCUUUGUCGACAACACCACCAAGCUCUUCCUCGACAGGACCGAGGAGCUCUUCGCCAACAACCCCGAGGGCUGCGACUUUACCCGCUGGCUCCAGUUCUACGCCUUUGACGUCAUUGGCGAAAUCACCUACAGCAAGAGGCACGGCUUCAUCGAGAAGAACGAGGACAUUGACGGCAUCGUCGACUAUCUCGGCAAGCUCUUCCUCUACGUCGCCCCCAUUGGCCAGAUCCCCUUCCUCGAUCUCCUCUUCCUCAAGAACCCCAUCUACCUCAAGCUCUCCCAGUGGGGGCUCUUGGAUUCCACCUUCCCCGUCGCCCGCUUCGCCCGCGACCGCAUGGCCGAGCGCCUCCCCGAGCUCGGCACCGGCGGCAAGCCCGCCGAGUCCACCGCCAUCCUCCCCGUCAGCGACGCCAAGACCCUCCCUCUAAGAAGCCCCAGCAGCCCGACCUGCUCUCAUCAAGCUGCAAAGGAAAUCGACGACGCCGCCAAGGACGGCGUCUUCUCCGACACCACCUCCGGUCUCGUCACCUUCCACGAGGCCCAGAAGCUCCAGUACCUCGACGCCUGCCCCGCCGGCGGCGUCGAUAUCGGCGGCCACUUCGUCAAGGGCGGCACCAUCGUGGGCUGCUCCGCCUGGGUCAUCCACCGCCGUCCCGAAAUCUUUGGCGAUGAUGUCGACGAGUACCGUCCCGAGCGGUGGUUGCCCCGAGACGGCUUCGACCGCGCCGAGGAGGAGAAGAGGAUUAAGACUAUGGACGGCACCAUGGUUCAGUUUGGCAUGGGGUCCAGGACGUGCAUUGGCAAGAACAUUAGCUUGUUGGAGAUUUACAAGCUCGUCCCUAGCUUCUUGAGGAGAUUCGAGGUUGAGCUCCAAGAACCCGACAAAGAGUGGGAAAUCAUCAACGCUUGGUUCGUCAAGCAGGUCUACCGCGCCAAGUUCAAGAACCGUGCCAUCGUCCAGCCCCUCUCCGAAAAGGCCGCCGCGUGA